AUGUGGCUCCUGGCCGCUGCUGUCGCCUGCCUGACUGUGGCCUUGUCAGGAGGCAUCUCCCGGGACUAUCCCAAGAUUCUCAAUGGCACCAAUAGCACCAGUGGAUUUCUCCCGGGCGGCUACACCUGCCUCCCCCACUCUCAACCCUGGCAGGCAGCCCUACUAGUGCGAGGACGGCUGCUCUGUGGGGGAGUCCUGGUCCACCCCAGAUGGGUCCUUACUGCAGCGCACUGUAUGAAAGAUGGGUACACCAUUUACCUGGGCAAACAUGCUCUGGGGCGCAUGGAGACCGGUGAGCAGGUGAGGGAGGUGGUCCGCUCUGUCCCCCACCCGGAAUAUCAGGUCAGCCCCACCCACCUGAACCACAACCACGACAUCAUGCUUCUGGAGCUGAAGUCCCCGGUCCAGAUCACUGGCCACGUCCGCAUCCUGCCCCUUUCCCAGGAGGACUGCCUGCCGCCAGGCACCUGCUGUCGGGUGUCUGGCUGGGGCACCACCACCAGCCCCCAGGUGAGCUACCCCCAAACCCUGCAGUGUGCCAACAUCGAACUGCGCUCGGAUGAAGAGUGUCGUGAGGUCUACCCGGGGAAGAUCACUGCCAACAUGCUGUGUGCAGGCACCAAGGAGGGCGGAAAGGACUCCUGCGAGGGCGACUCUGGAGGCCCUCUGGUCUGCAACCACACAUUGUAUGGCAUCAUUUCCUGGGGAGAUUUCCCAUGUGGGCAGCCCAACCGGCCUGGUGUCUACACCCGAGUCUCCAAAUACGUCCAGUGGAUCCUCGAGACAAUAAGGAAACACGAACCCCAGGAGGAGAGAUGGAGAAAGGGCGCACAAUAA